CUAGUGACUUUCUGAAAUGUUGUGGCAUCAACUAAUUACCGUAGCCAUUGUGGCCCUCGCCUGCACCCAGCUGCACAUGGCCAGCAGCCAAACAGCUGGUGUCAACAGCUGCCCGAAAAACUUUACUCUGGUGGGCGAGAAGUGUCUGCAGAGUGUAGCCAGAUGGUACAAUUGGUUCGAGGCCGAUCGCAAUUGCCGCUCCAUUGGCGCCGGCUUGCUCAGCCUGAACAACAGCCUGGAAUUGUACUUGUUAGCCAAUUGGUUAAAUAUUGACUUGCCAUACACCUUGGAGCUGUGGACCUCGGGCAACUUACUGGGCAGCUCGAGCAUCUACUAUUGGCAGAAUACGGGCCAGCAGGCACGGUAUCUACCCUGGGCCAAAGGCCAGCCAAAGCCAAGUAAUGGCGACUGCCUGAUGCUCGCUGGCACCGCUAACCAGGGGACCGUUGCUAAUUAUUCCCUGGAAGUUCGCAAUUGCGCCAACUGGGCUAUCUCUGUCUGUGAGCUGCUGCCGGCUAAAAAUGUGACCACUACACGUAUCUGCCUCAAACCUGAUGCCUAUGAAACGGUUCAAGUUCCCAGAAAUUAAUUUAAAAAAAAUAUAUUAAGAAGAGAAUUUUGGGCUGAAGCAAAUCUCAUACAAAUAUGUAAAGUUCGAAAUUGUUUUGAAUUGAAGGAAUUCGCACUAAAAUAAAUAAUAGAAAUAAAU